AAAGAGGUUCUGCUCUCAGGAAGUUGCAGCAGAAAUAAUUAUGUGGCUAACGUUGUCGUUGUCUAAAUACUUAUUGUGAUGGAUUAACUCAAUUAUUUACUUUGUGGGCAAUGCAUGAACAUUCCCACAUUUAAACAUAUGGCUAAUAUGGCAAGGACCGGAGACAUUAUCCAUUUAAACGUUGGAGGAAAAAGGUUCAGCACCUCCAAACAGACAUUGACAUGGGUCCCAGACUCAUUUUUCUCAAGUCUUCUAAGUGGGAGGAUCUCAACCUUGAAGGAUGAAACUGGAGCGAUCUUCAUAGAUCGGGACCCAUCUCUCUUUACUCCCAUACUGAACUUCCUGCGCACCAAAGAGUUGUUUCCCAGGUCCAUAAAUGUGCACCUGCUAAUGCAUGAAGCUGAGUUCUAUGGAAUCACUCCGUUGGUGCGUAAGCUGCAGCUUUGUGACGAGCUGGACAGAUCCUCCUGUGGAAACGUGCUCUUCAAUGGCUAUCUCCCACCUCCAGUGUACCCGGCGAAGCGGCGGAACCGUCAUAGUGUGGCGGGGCAUCAGUAUAUGGGUGGGCGUGCCCUGCCCAUGGAGAGAGCUCCAGUGAGACGCAGCAACACUAUGCCACCCAACCUAGGCAACGCGGGCAUACUGGGUAAAGCAACGAUGGAGGAGAGGAUAAGUGGUGCUCAGCUUGCAGACCCAGGCAUGGUCCGCAUCAUCUGUGGCCACCACAACUGGAUCGCUGUGGCUUAUGCCCAGUUUGUUGUUUGCUACCGAGUGAAGGAGUCUACGGGCUGGCAGCAGGUGUUCACCAGUCCCCGCCUGGACUGGGUGAUUGACAGGGUGGCGCUCAACGCCAAGGUGAUGGGCGGCUCCCUGGGAGACAACGACAAGAUGGUGGCCGUGGCCUCGGGCACAGAGAUCAUCCUCUGGACUAUCUGUCCCGACGGCAACGGCAACGAGAUAGGUGUGUUCAGUCUGAAUGUCCCCGUGGAGGCUCUCUUCUUCGUGGCGAACCAGCUGAUUGCCACCAGCCACACAGGGAAAGUGGGAGUGUGGAAUGCGGUGACCAAACAUUGGCAGAAUCAAGACGUGGUUCCCAUUAAUAGUUAUGAUACUGCCGGCUCCUUCCUAAUUCUAGGCUGUAACAAUGGGUCCAUAUAUUAUAUAGAUGUUCAGAAGUUUCCAUUGAGGAUGAAGGACAAUGACCUCCUAGUGACAGAGUUGUACCGCGACCCCACGGAGGACGCCAUCACUGCUCUCAGCGUCUACCUCACGCCCAAAACAAUCCCCAAUGUGUCGUCAGGCGACAGCGGCAACUGGAUCGAGAUCGCCUACGGGACCAGCUCGGGCACGGUGCGGGUCAUAGUGCAGCACCCGGAGACCGUGGGCUCUGGGCCGCAGCUCUUCCAGACCUUCUCAGUCCACCGCAGCCCCGUCACCAAGAUCAUGCUCUCUGAGAAACACCUCAUAUCAGUGUGUGCAGACAACAACCACGUGCGGACCUGGACGGUGACUCGCUUCAGGGGCAUGAUCUCCACCCAGCCAGGCUCCACCCCCCUCACCUCCUUCAAGAUCCUCUCCCUGGAGGACAUCGACGGCCACGGGGGCUGUGCUGCCGGCACUGAGAUAGGUCCGUAUGGCGAGAGAGACGACCAGCAGGUAUUUAUCCAGAGGGUCGUCCCUGACACAGACAAACUCUACGUGCGCCUCUCGUCCAACGGGAAGAGGGUGUGUGAGGUGCGCUCUGUGGACGGCACCUCCAUCACCUCCUUCAUGGUGCACGAGUGCGAGGGGUCCAGCCGCAUCGGCUCACGUCCCCGCCGCUACCUCUUCAGUGGCCACGCCAACGGGAGCAUCCAGAUGUGGGACCUGACCACCGCCAUGGAGAUCGCAGGGAAAGUGGACAUCAGGGCGCUGGGCGGCCCUACAGAGGAGGAGCUCCUGGAGCUGUUAGACCAGUGUGACCUGGCUCUGACCCGUACGCCUGACAUGAGUCCCGCCGCCUCCUUCAUCCACUCCUCCACCCCCCGAGCCUCCACCUCCAGUUUGCAGUCCCAGCUGAGUGAGAGCUCCAAGGAGCGCGGGGCCAGAGGAGGUGUGAGCAGCUCGGGUCCCUUCUCUGGUAGCCUGCCCCGUCAGGCCCCUCCGGUGCCCCUCACCAAACCCCGGGAUAUGAAUCUCUCCAUGGUGGGGUUGGGCCUCCAGCCCCACCACCUGGGUCUGAGCCAGGCUUCCCUCAGCAGCAGCGGCAGCCCCCGGCCCGGCCGCACCGCCCUCCAGGACAGAGACCGGGACGGAGGCAUGGGGUCUCUGCGCAGGGGCAGCUUCGUGGAACGUUGUCAGGAGCUUGCCAAGGUCUCUGACUCUGCAGGAGGGGCUGAGGGGGGCACGCGGCGCAGCCUGGCCGUAUGCUCAGAGUUGGAGGCUAGACUGGGCCUACGGACCCCCGCCUCUUUCUCCAUCCCCCCUGCAGCCUCUCCCGCCUCAUCUUUAUCUUCAUCACUGCGCCGGCCACAUCCCACCUCACCCAGCCCUGCCCCUGCUACAAUCGUCAGUCCAACGCGCUCCCAGACCCCCGUGUCGCCUCGUCGAGCUGACACCUCCCCUACUACAGAAGCCCCGCCUCCUGAGGCUGCAGCAGCCACCCCAGAGAGCUCCUCCCCUGUUCCCCCCACCAGUCCUAAACCCCCUAUGAAUGAGACCAGCUUCUGACUGGCUCGGUGAUGUAUGAGUGAGUGGACUAACAAAGGACGCGUUUUGUGUUUGUGCGCGUGUGUGGUUUAGUGACGGCACAUAUUGUCAUAUUUAUGGACUUUUCCUUGUUUAGCAUCAAGGAUACAUAUCAAAUGGCAUUCCUCUGUUUUCAAAAGGGCCAGCUGUGAUGUAGGCAAGAUUCGUAUACAAUAUAUCCAAAUGGUCAAUGUAUUGGUGAUACAAAUUAUAACUCCAGCCAUGUAUGAAUGUGUUCUGUUGCAUUUGGUAGAGCAGUGCAUUUUAUUCAAUUACGAUGAACAAAAAUAUAAAUGCUACAUGUAACAAUUUCAAAGAUUUUACUGAGUUACAGUUCAUAUAUGAAAUCAGUAAUUUUAAAUAAAUUCAUUAGGCCCUAAUCUAUAGAUUUUACAUGACUGGGAAUACAGAUAUGCAUCUGUUGGUUACAGACACCUUUCUUUAAAGGUAGGGUUGUGGAUCAGAAACCCAGUCAGUAUCUGGAGUGACCAAGAUUUUUCUUGUGCAGCACAACACAUCUUCGCAUAGUUGAUUGUGGCCUGUGGAAUGUUGUCCUUCUCUUCAAUGGCUGUAUGAAGUUGCUGCAUAUUGGCAGGAACUGGAACACGCUGUCGUACACAUUGAUCCAGAGCAUCCCAAACAUGCUCAACGAGUGACAUGUCUGGUGAGAGUGCAGGCCAUGAAAGAACUGUGACAAUUUCAGCUUCCAGGAAUUGUGUACAGAUCAUUGUGACAUGAGGCCAUGUAUUAUCAUGCUGAAACAUGAGAUGAUGUCAGAAUAGCACGACAAUGGGCCUCAGGAUCUCGUCACUGUAUCUUUGUGCAUCGGUGUAUGCUGGUGGGAGGAGACGGGCUCAUUAUAAUGGCUGGAAUGGAAUAAAUUGAACGGUAUCAAGCAUCAAAUAUAUGGAAACACAUGUUUGACUCAUUUCUAUUCAUUCCAUUUGAGCCAUUACAAUGAGCCUGUCCUCCUAUAGCUCCUCCCACUGUCCAUUCAAAUAGCCAUCGAUAAAAUGCAGUUGUGUUUGUUGUCUGUAGCUUAUGCCUGCCCAUACCAUAACCCCACCGCCACCACGGGGCCCUCUGUUCACAACGUUGACAUCAACAAACUACUUGCCCACACGACACCAGAUAUGCUGUCUGCCAUCUGCCCAGUACAGUUGAGACCGGGAUUAAUCUGUGAAAAGCACACUUCUCCAUAGUGCCAGUGGUCAUCAAAGGUGAGCAUUUUCUCACUGAAGUCGGUUACGAUGCCAAACUGCAGUCAGGUCAAGACCCUGGUGAGGAUGAUGAGCACGCAGAUGAGCUUCCAUGAGACGGUUUCUGAUAGUUUAUGCGGAAAUGUAAUUAUUUGGCUGUGCAAACCAUAAGCCGCAUCCAACGUCGUUUCAGAGAAUUUGGCAGUACGUCCAACUGGCCUCACAACGUGUAACCAUGCCAGCCCAUGCCUCCACAUCUGGCUCCUUCAACUGCGGGAUUGUCUGGGACCAGCCACCCGGACAGCUGAUGAAACUGUGGGUUUGCACAACCAAGUAAUAACAUUUCCACACAAACUAUCAACCGUCUCAGGGAAGCUCAUCUGCGGGCUCGUCGUCCUCACCAGGAUCUUGACCUGACUGCAGUAAGGCAUUGUAACCACCUUCAGUGAGAAAAUGUUCACCUAUGGUAGAGAAAUGAGCGUUCAAUUCUCUGGCGGACAUUCCUGCUGUUCCCAGCACAAGGUGCACCUGUGUAAUGAUCAUGCUGUUUAAUCAGCUUAUUGAUACACCUGUCAGGUGGCAGGAAUGUCAUGGUUAUUUGAAUUAAAAGGGAAUUUUUCAACCUCAUUCUUCAUCUUCAGCACCAAACCAGAGUCUACAUAUGUGAAAAGGUCUCGUUUCUGUUAUCUGCGGUUAAAAAGAUUUAAAAAUGCUUCUCUGACAUCACAGUGUAGGAUUAAAGGAAAAAAACGGUGAUUUUCAAAGCCUGCAACGAGUCUCUAGCCCAAGGGAGCGUAUUUUCUUGAUCCCCACGGAUCCCUCAUAGUGUUUGAAAACCACAAAUCAAAUGUUGAAACUUUUGAUGAUUUGGUUGAAAAGUGGUGAAGUUGCCCUUUUAAGAGAAAUGUAAAUACAUGUAGUAGUCUUUACCCAACACUGGGUUCCACCAUCAUGGGCUUGCAGGCUGAAGUGAUGUAUAGGCCCACACCUCCUAAACCUUUCUGAUAUCCUCUACAGAUUUCUUUCAGUCUUCCUGUUUUGCACUACAGUUGGCUUUCUGUAGCUUAAAUGAAUCAACAAGCCUACUGUACACACAGUAUCAAUGUGGUGACGAUUGAAGAGGAAACCGAUGGAGAAUCUAUAGAUCAAUGACAGACCUUUUAUCGUUCAUGUUUAGUUACAUCUGACUAACUUACUGCCAUUUUGGAUCAUUCUUUUUCAAGUCGUCUUCCAGAUCACGACCCAGUGCCUCACGUACCAGUGUUUUAUAUCUUCCCCAGUGGGUUAUGAAUUGUACGAAACCAAAGGUAGUCAUUUAACCCAAUAUCCUAUGUUGUUUUUGUACAUUUUAUUUAGAUCCUAUUUUCUGACUAUAUAAAAGAAAAAACAUUGAAUGGAAAUGUUAUGUCUCUGUACAAAGUACAUCUGUCUGUCCAUUAACUAACAAUAAUAAUAAUACUUUUGGCAACAGUGGGAGUGCUUUAUCAGUAGCAAAAUGUUACCUGAGGAUGCUGAGUGCAUUUCAUAUACAGUACCCUCCAGUUAGUCACAUUUCUAGCUUUUAUGACUGUACUUUUCUAAUCUAAGCUGGUCUUCAUUAAUCGAAUAAAACGAACUAAUUACA